CAUGUUCGCUGACGAUUUCGGUAAACACAUCGAGUAUCUUACGAUAACGAUAUCAUAAUAUCUAUAUAUCUAGAAGCGAUUUUUUUUUUCUUUUCUGUUUUUUUCUACAUACAGUGGCCGGCGUUAAUAACGUUAUUGUACAACGCGGGGUAUAACAUACUAAGUAUAAUCCGCCAAUAAGGAUAAAAGGAUAUUUUUUCGACGGCCGAACAACACGAGAAUAAUCGACAUGAGGACCUUAUCGAUCGCAGUAAGUCGAACGUACUACUUUAAUUAACACCAACAAUAUUUCGCAUCUUCUGAGAUCUUCUAAUCUUUUAAUUUUUUGCCCAAGUAAAUUUUUCAUUAUUAUAAUGUAUAAUUUAUAUCGCGAUUGUAUUGUUAUAGAACAUAAAUAUUAUUUGCGGUCGAUAAUAUUUAUGUAAUAAAAAAAAAGUGAUGCGACUUUUUCUGUUUUUUUUUUUUAAAUAAAUACCUAAUAUUAUAACGUCAGUUCUUUAAAAAAAAAAAAAAGGAUAUUUUUCCGAUGAUCAUUUUAUACACAUUUCAACACUCAUAACUCUUUUAAAUUCGCCAACGGUCGUUUCGCUUUUUUUUUUUUAUAUAAUAUAAAUUAUGAUUUAUGAUUUCAGUAUACGCGUUUAUAAUUAUUACUUUUUGUGACUAAACUUGAAUUAACCGAACGCUUCAAUUUUAAAAAAAAAAAAAAAUUAUUUUUAUACCUAUUUCUAACUGGAUUCCAAGCGCUUAAUUUUUCGUGUUUUUUUUUUUCUAAUAUAACAGUAAACGGUUGUAUUAUUUUUUGAACGGCUUCUUCUUUUUUUGACGUAUUCUGUUGUACCUACGUCACGGUUUGGCGCUAUAAUUUUCCACGUUUAUCUCUUAUCACCUGCAAAUUCGAAUAUAUUUAUUCCAAACACGCUAAUAUUAAUAAUAUGAUAGAGAACUAUUGAACAAAUAUAAUCUCGCGGAUAUUUAAUUUUACAUUUUGUUCCCUGCGGACUCAUCAUCGCCGGACAUAAAUCUAAAAACGGAGAAAGUCAAUCCUAAUAAUAUCGUCUAAUAAUCCUUAACGCGCGUCGCGUGCAUACCAUACGCAUUUCCCAUUAUUCGCAUCGUUCGAGCAUCAUCGAAUGAAAUCGUCGUCGUACAAUUUCAAUUUAUUACAACAACAAUAAUACGCAUCUGCCCAUACACACGUGCAUAAUAUUAUAAUUAUAAUUGUAUCGUGUAAUUAUUAUCGUAUACUAUGCGAAUAUUCGACUAAAAUCUCUUGUGCGUUCGUGCUCCUUAACUGUAUCACGCGCUUUUGAACGAGAUUUACUUGUAACUCAUAAGCGUAUAUAUAAAUUGUAUAGAAUGUUUUUAAACAAACAUUUUUUUCGAACAAAUUACGUCGAUUGCGUAGAUUUUUUUUUUUUUUACACGAAAACAUUUGAAAUACAUUAUCGUUUUAAACUGCAAACGCGUCAACGAUUUAUUGUUACCUUCGGUAACAAGGAAUAACCAAUAUAGAAACAAUAUUAUUAUUUUUCGAUAAUACAUUACGGCAAUAAUAUCAUUAUUGUUAACUGAAAUGAUCCGAUAGUUGACCUACAUCGGAUUAUUAUAUUACAUAUUUCCGCCAAAUAUAAUUUUUUCGUUUUUUUUUUUUUUUAUUAGAUAAUCGGCCGCCCCGGCUAUUUGCUACAAUGCUAUUUCUUAACGAUAUUUCAAAACGGUUUUUUUUUUUUUUUUAAACCUAUUAUUUUGUUCGUAUAUACCUACCUACGCGGUAGCAUAAUCUUAUAACGGCGCAUCAGUUGAUUUUUUUUAUAUUUCUACGAGUAAUUACUUUAAAUCGGUUGGAUUUUCCUUCGAUUCGUAGAGUGAAUUAUUAAUUUACACGUACAAUGAAAUAAUACGAGAACAACAAAAAUUAUUGUAGACAAGAUGCGCCACUCGAUUACAGAUCGUUUUCGAAAAUCCGAAUUACCGAUGAAUCGGGGGCCCGGGUGAAAGCAAUAAAAUAUUUUCCGUUUGUUACGAGGAAAUAACAUUCGGUGCUUUAAUACAGUAUUAUUAAUUGUUAAUUAUAUUAAUUUCUAUAAAGACGGGAUACUGUACAAUUAUAUCCGCCGCAGAGGGCUAACAAUAAUAAUGUAUAAUAAAUAUUUUUAUCGACUGCUAACUGUACGCGAAAAUGUUAACGACGAUAAUAAUAAUAUUAUGUUCUGUAUGUUUUUUAAAAAUCAAAAUUGUGUUACAUUAUUAUAUGGGGCCCGGGGGGUCUAUUCGAUCGAGAAAGAAAAGACGAAAAGUAUUGAUGAUAACAAUUAUUUCGGUAAACGAGGAUUAUUGUGCACGGAAAUAGAAAUAAGAAAAAAGUAAAAAAUUUAGUAUCUACUAACAAUUCGAACAGCUGAAAAGCUUUUUUUUUUUUAUGAAUUUGAUGCAUUUUUAUUUAAAAACGAUUUGUUAUUCCAACGUUUCGUUCGAAUAUCUCGAUUAACCGCCGAGAAAGCCUAUAAUUUACCAUUCUAAAGUAUCUAUGUAUUAUCAGAAUUUAAUUUUUCUUAUUUAGAAAUAAACAUAAUAUAUAUAUAUGUUAUUAUUGAUGCAAAUAGAACAAGGAAUUGGUCUCUAAAAACUCGUAGUAUAUUUGGGUGCUCGUAUAAGCUUGAAAGCUCCCCUAAAAUAUUCGAGGCACACCUGUGUAAUAUACAGUGUGUAUGAAAAAACCUAAUAUCUUUUUCGCGACAUUCGGUCGGUAUCCGAUGGAGUGGAAGGAGAGGUGGAAGUAAAUACUUAUUGCAUUCGUCUCGUUUCGGCAGAAUUCGGCCUGCGCGGGAUAAGUGAUUCCAAUGUCAAUAACUCGUCGCGGUUCGAUCGUCCCGAUAAAGAUUAUUUAGUUUCGGGUGGAUUGCGUAGUUUUCGAUAGAUUCGGCUAUUAUUAUAGCUGGGUGUAAUAUGGCGUGGACAUAUUUUUCGACCGGCCGAAAACGAUUUAUUAAUCGAAAUAAUAAUCGUCGCCGUUCUAAAAACGAUUUAUAGAGCGAAACGCCGUAAUGCAGUGCACUAUCGAGGAGAUCGAGAGUAAAAGUAGCUUUUUUUUAUUAUUACGUUUCCCGGAAAAUAUUUUGCGAAAAGUCCAUAAGAUAUUACGACGGCUAUAGUGAAUAAAUUCGAUGCGUUUUUGCCAUUACUCGGUAGAAUCCUCUUGGAUACUAUAAAAAAACUGAUUAAAAAAAAAUAUUAAAAUAUCCAAAGUAUUCAAGAUCGAUCAUCGAACGAGCCGUAUAAUGUAUUAUGUCAAUCGAAAUUUCGUCCCACAUUUCAACGAUGAAUCUGUUGCGACAGUGACGGCGGCACGGAGGUUUAUUCCAUAACUUUAUGGUGGUUUAUGGUACUUUAUUAAGUAGUUAUAGUAAAAUUGCCAAACAAAAUACCUCGUACAACCCAAAACCCAGAAGAACCAAGAACUCGUAGCUAAGGCUAGACGUCCCUGCACCUGACGUCCUUAACACCUCGGACCACCCACCCACCCAUAUUGGUCGCGUGAAAUGUCUGCUACGAAUGGAAUACGCUGACACUGCUUUUCGAAAUAUCCCGGUCAGAGUGUCACUACGAAAAUAGAUUUUUUUUCCUCGUGGAAAAAAACCGAAAGUGAAAAGUCGUUUUUCCUCUCGUCGCAAUAAUAUAAUAUCGUAAACUGCAUAAUAUAAUUAUUAUCGGAGUUCGUAUUAUUUUAGUUGGGUAUACCGACGGCGACUUGCGUCACGGGUGGAAUACACAAACGCGUGCAGAGCGGAUCGAGCGAGGGGGCGGAACCGGUAACUCGUCUUCUUAAAUACGAGUCACUUCCGGACACGUGUGCGGAGGACCCCGUCCGCCCCCGCCAGGUGAAAGUGACGCGAGCGGUACACGGAUACUAUCCCGCGUAGCUCCGGGGACUUUACCGGCACUUCGGGCCGGGCCCGAAGAUUCUUUCUCCUUUUUUUAAAAAAAAAAUUAAUUUUUUUUUUUUUUUAAUAGAUAUAUCGAUAGAACAACAACGUAACAUAUAAUACGCACUGCAAUAUUGCGCUCGCUUUCGCCCGUGCUAAUAAUAAUACUAAUAAUAUACGAUGCCAGAAUACUGGAAACCUUUCACCGAGUACGACGGCCGCGAGACCGCGCCGCCGCACGAUGACCCCCGCGGGAGUAAUGAUAAUUUUAACGAAAAACACACAGGUGUAAAGUUGGCGAUACGAUAAAAAACAAAAUAAUAAUGAAUACGUAUUUACACCGGUGUAUAGUCUCUGUGCAUUAUACGACUUACUUAUAGGUCGUCGUCAAACGUCAACGUUCCCACGCCCGCUUCUUCUUCUCGCGUGUUUCGUGCGAUUUUGCACGGCUGACGUUGCGAAUAACACAACAACCUAAUCGUAAUAUUAUCGUACACGCAUAUUUUUUUCCUUCCGUUUUUUAAAAACCACUGAGACGCACACUUGCCUUUGUCCAUCCCUAUCCUGAGAUAAUGCUUUUCCGUCCUAUACCUAAGUAUUCAAACUUAUUCUACGGGAUUCUUCCCGAAUCCGUCCAUCCGCAUUUAUUCGGCCCAUCCAGUAAUCUUUUUCUAUUGGGUUUCCACUAUGUUUAUCCCGAUUAAUUAUGCUAUCGGGACUUAAACGUAAUCGGCCAUUGCUAUUAUUCAGCAUCUAUAAGUUCUCCUAUUGUAGAAUUUCCCCGGUUCUUUGUAUAACUACCGUAAUUCCACAUUACUUCUUAUUUCAUAUUGAUGAAUGAUAUCAUCAUUUUUCGGUCCAUAUAUAUAAUUCUCCUUAAUAUUUUCCUUCACAGGAUCGUUAGUUUUUUCUUCUUCCCUUUUGCAUGCCCCUUGCAUGCAUGCCAGUAAACUGGGCUAAUGGUGUCGUAUUUGAUUCAAGCGAUACUUGUUUUGAUCUGAAGAUAAUUCGAUAGCCCGUAGUAACACGUAUUCGUCACAGCUGUUCUAAUUUUUUCCACGGUCGUUAUUAUUGUGCCAUUUAUCUCAAUGUACUUCAACUUACGUUCCCUGUCGAGUUCAUAAUUUCCCACUUUUAGAUAUUCUCCGUGAUUAUCUUGUCUAGAGAUCACCAUAUAUUUGGUCUUAUUAAUAUAAUCAUAUUUAACGAAAUAUUUGUAUUUCCACGUGUUUUUCAGUUUUUCCUGACGGCGAUCGUCGCCACUUCACUGCACACCGCGCAUGCGACUUUCGGCAGCAAGGAGCAGUGAGUAAUCAACAUAAUAUUAUUAUCAUUGUUACGAUUAUAACCUGUAUUAACUUAAUCCUAAUUUUUUCCAUCUAUCUACUACAUAAUAAAAUUCCGUAUGACAUAACACGCUCAUGUCUUGAUGGCACGACCUUUUUUCACAUAAGGCGUACUUCUGAUGUCAUUGAUCUUAUCGGGGGAGGGGGGGGGGAGAAAAUCGAUUGUUUCCUAUACCACUCACGUAAAAAUCAUCCAAUUCACACUGAUUUAAGAUUAAAAAAAAAAAAAAAACCGAAUACUAUAUUUCCGUAUAUGUUCAUUUAAUUUUAUCAUAUUUUAAAUCGUGACUGUUAAAACAAAUUUGCAGUGUACAUAUUCGCGUGCAUGUACCAACGAUCGUGAAAGAAGUAUACGUGAAAAAACCGGUCCAUUACGAACACCACGAUGUUCAACAUAUCAGUAGUUCGUCUGGCGGAUACGGAGGAGCGUUAUCCGGCGGUUAUGGAGGGUCAUCUAGCAGCAGUUACGGUGGCGGCGAGAUCGAUUCAUACAGCGGCGGUGGUAAGAUCCGAAUCAAUAUUAUAUUAUAUUAUUAUCAUCAUCAUCCAUCAUCUAUGAAUUUAAAUUAAAAACUCAACAGUUUUAAACUAAACGAUGAUUAUGUUGUGGACAUAUUAUAAAUACUAUUACAUUAAUUUCAGGCCACGGAAGUUCCGGUAUUUACGAUUCCGGAUCAAGUGGACACGGUGGUAGCAGCUACGAAGACGCUGGUCCAUCAAGCAGUUACAGCAGCAGUUACAGUGGACCGUCUUCGUCUGAUGAAUAUAUUUCCAACGAGCUUGGUUCUUCAUCAGGAGGAUACGGCGGUGCAUCUUCGGGCGGAUACGGUGGUUCCUUAAAGGGCAACGGUGGAUCUUCGGGUGGAUACGGUGGAUCUUCGGGUGGAUACGGUGGUUCCUUAAAGGGCAACGGUGGAUCUUCUGCAGGAGGAUACGGUGGAUCAUCGUCAGGAGGCCAUGGUGGAGCUUCGGGUGGUUACAGUAGUAGCUCUACAGGAGGUUACGAUGUUUUCACUGGAGGUCAUGGUGGUUCAUUCGGAGGUUACGCUGGUUCCUCUGGCGGACAUAGUGGUCCAGCUGGAAGUUAUGGUCCUUCAUCCGGAGCACAUGGUGGUUCUGCUGGAGGUUACGGUGAUUCUUCAUCGAGUGGCAUUUUGUUUAGCGGAUAUUCAGCUGGCCACCACAAAGGAUCGUCUGGUGGAUUCGGUGGUAGCUCAUCUGGUGGAUACGGAGGAAGCGCCUUAGGAGGACAUGGAGGAAGCUCAUCUGGUGGAUACGGAGGAAGCGCCUUAGGAGGACACGGAGGAAGUUCAUCUGGUGGAUACGGUGGAAGCGCCUUAGGGGGACAAGGAGGAAGCUCAUCUGGUGGAUACGGUGGAAGCGCCUUAGGGGGACAUGGAGGAAGCUCAUCUGGUGGAUACGGUGGAAGCGCGUUGGGAGGACAUGGAGGAAGCUCAUCUGGUGGAUACGGAGGAAGUGCCUUAGGGGGACAUGGUGGAAGUUCAUCUGGUGGAUACGGUGGAAGCGCCUUAGGGGGACAUGGAGGAAGCUCAUCUGGUGGAUACGGUGGCAGCUCAUCUGGAGGAUACGGAGGUGGCUCAUUCGGCGGACACGGAGGAAGCUCAUCCGGUGGAUAUGGAGCCAGUUCAUCUGGAGGAUAUGGAGGUAGUCCAUUCGGGGGACAUGGUGGAAGUUCAUCUGGUGGAUAUGGUGGAAGCGCUUUAGGAGGACAUGGAGGAAGUUCAUCUGGCGGAUACGGUGGAAGCGGUUUCGGAGGACACAAAGGCAGCUCAUCUGGUGGAUACGGUGGAAGUGCCUCAGGAGGACAUGGAGGAAGCUCAUCUGGUGGAUACGGUGGAAGUGCCUUAGGAGGACAUGGAGGAAGCUCAUCUGGAGGAUAUGGUGGAAGUUCAUCUAGUGGAUUUGAAGAAAUUGCAUCGGCAGGAUAUGGCGGCAAUUCUUUUGGUGGUCACGGAGGAAGUUCAUCUGGAGGAUAUGGAGGUAGCUCUUCUGGAGGAUACGGAGGUAGCUCUUCUGGAGGAUACGGAGGUAGCUCUUCUGGAGGAUACGGAGGAAGUUCAGGAGGCGGAAAGGGCUCUAGUUCAGGAAGUUUCGCAAGUUUUGGUGGAUACUCGGGUAAUGGCCAUGGAUCUGGUUCUGGUGGUUUUGGAGGUCACUCGAGUGGUGGUGGAGACACCUAUUCGGCUCCAGGACAAGAUAGCUAUGGACCACCAGGGGAAAGUUACCCAUACAAGAAAAAAUGAGCCAUAGUGAUGUAAAAGUGUAUGAGUUGUUUUACAACACAAAUUGUAUGAUUAAUUUUUUUUUAUUGUUACAUAUAGGUUAUUGCUAUUAAUUUGUAUCUAAUAUGGAAACUUUUGUUUAAUGUUUCCCUUUUUCAAGACUGACAUUUCUGUUUUUAUUAAUGACUCAAAAUAAACACAAUUUAUUAUAGAAGAAGUUACACAUUGUUAUUUGUUAUUUAAAACCACAUUCAACAAG